AUGCCAUAUCUGGACACCGUACGCCUUGACUAUAUAGAUCGGGACGGACAUGACGCCCCGUUUGCCGCCGCCCCGCAAAUACGAUGUGUCUAUCUAUCAGGCAUCGGCGCCGACUUCAAUGUGAACUCAUUCAACUGGUCAUCCCUUGAGCACCUCACUAUUGCCGGGCCCGGGGUGGCAUUUAUUCCAUGCAUGGCCAUGCUAGCGGAGUCCCGUAAUCUGCUGAGUCUGAAGUUAACGCUGAACGGCCUUACUCAUGAGUAUAUGGAGACUUGGUGGGGUCAGGCACACCCAGGGCCCCGCUACGAGAAGCUGCAUACCCUUGAAGUCGAACUCGACGCCAUGGGGGUGGAUUUUAGUUUCUUUACCGACUGGGUCUUCCUCCCUGCCUUGCGUCACCUCAGAGUGGUGGGAAACAUAGAAUUUUAUUCGGAUAUCGUGAGCAUGAUCUCCCGGGACGGCUGCCAGCUCGCCUACUAUCUCGGGAAUGACUGGUUUACGACGGGUCAGGAGUUAUUGAAGGUGUUCCGAGCGAUGCCGGACCUACGGAUCCUGGAGAUGGGCGGCAAAUGGGGUGCGGUCUGGGAGUUCGACAAGAAUGUCGUCGAGCGAAUGACGUUCACAGCGGGCCAGCCCCUAGACGUUCAGGAGUAUGUGCUCCCAAAACUGGAAUCGCUGGCAAUCCAUGUCACCCCGAAUUGCUAUCCUCAACUGGUCGAAGCGAUGCUCGCUUCUAGGAGCAACAUGGGUGGGGAGGCACCCCCCACACGACUGCAAUACGCCCAGGUUGGACUGCAUCGCUGGUCUAUACGGGACGGCGGGGAACCCAUCCGCGAGGUUGAUUCCGUCAUGCACGAUCCGUAUGGUCCCUUUUGA